CACUGCACUACAGGGAAGUCUCUGGCUGACUCAGCCAAGUGGAGCGUUGCUGAAGCAUUUCCCUCCCCCAACAAAUGAACACACUGCUUUAUCCGGGGGCAACGUGCUCUGACUGCAGCUUUCCUGCAUUAUGAAUUCAGAAAUGGCACCUUCGUCACAUCUAUCUGGGUCUAUUGAAGUGGAAAGAAAGUUUGUCCCAGGUCCAGAAGUGGAGAAAAGCUUGUAUGCACUAGGGGCUGAGCUGCUUAAGGAAAUCACAUUUAGAGACUCUUACUAUGAUUGCCCAGAUUUGCGGCUUACACUUUCCGACUGUUGGCUGCGAAAAAGGGGAGAUAGUUGGGAGCUAAAAUAUCCACCACAGCCAGGAGCUAGAGGACUAAUUGGAGCUUCCACACAAUACUUGGAGGUGACUGAAGAAGAUAAAAUUAUUUGCAAAGUCAGUGAAGUACUGGGUGUCCCAACUCCCCCCAGCAUAGAAGCGUUUUGCCUGAAUGAGUUUGCAAGUUUCGUGACGCGUAGACGCAGCUUCCAGCUGCCUCUGGAGGAAAGCUCGGGCACCAUGGCUGUGGUUGACCUAGAUGAGGCUGACUUUGGUUUUGCAGUAGGUGAAGUGGAAAUAAUUGUACAAACACAGGAGGAAGUACAAAAUGCAUUUCAAAAAGUGGAAGAGAUCUGCAAAAAGCUAGGUGUUUUCCAGGAAUCAGCAGUACAAGGCAAAGUAUCAACAUUUCUUCAACUGAAUCGUGUUGAACAUUACAAGCAGUUAAUUGAGGCUCAUAUAAUUUGACCUUUGCAAAAUCCACUCAAGAAGCCAUGUGUGCACUCCAAUGAUUUCUGACUAUAAAGCCCUGCACAAACUGCUGGUCCUAUAUAAAUCCUGUAUAAUAAUUGUAAUAAUAAAAAUAUUGAUUUGGUCUUUGUGUAGCAAUCCACUAAUGACUAAAUCUGCCCACAGACAUGGAUGAUUGUUUGCAGAUCGGACUGAUUUUGGAUGGGUCGAAAAAUUACAGCAUGUCUAUGGGCCAAUCUGAGACCUCUGUAGACACACCCUGGCCAACAAAUCCUAAGAGUCAAGAAUGAACCAUGUCAGCUGACUGCUGAUGUUCUGCCAAGAUAAAGCAGCAGUACCAGGUCUCAUUAUUCUGUUUACCCGUUCAUCUCUCAAAUAUUAGUUCUACCAAUUAUGUCGGACCUAAACAAGAAGGCUGCCUAAAUACAAACCUACACUAUAGAGAAUCAGUAAUGCAGCAUUUGGAAAGUAAUCGUAGUAAUGUCCCUCUGAUUGUGGAUAAAGAGACGGGAUUGGUUGCAAAAUUGCUGGGGUUGGGUGGGCAGCUGGGGGGCGGGUGACAGAUAAGAUUAUGGCUGGGUUAGUGGAAGCAGAGGGUAGGGAUGUGCAAACUUUUCAGCCCCUAAUCUCCAAAGUUAUGUUUGUUUAUAUAUGUGUCCUAAUUUAUUGUACGUUUGUUGUGUGUGUUUAAAGUCUUAAUACAUACACUUAAAAUCUU